GCAACCUUUUCCAACAGAUUAUAAAGGAUUGUACCGCCAUAACUACUGCACAUCAUUUUCCCAUACUCUUAUUCUGAUCAUCGUCACGUCACUCGUCAUCCACUUCAUGGCCACAGCCAUACGCCUCCGCCGGUUCGGUGCAAUCGCCGCAGCAUCCGGCGCCGUCUAUUACACACUCCUUAGCAACCCCUCAAUCUCCUCCAAUGAUCGCAGCGGCGGUGGGCCAUUCCUCACCGCCAUAAAGCAGAAAAUUACGGACCCAUUUUCAGUUGUUCCAUCUCGUAAUGUUCAGGAGUCGGCUCUGAUGGGGUCCAGCUCGUCCAAUCCCCUUGACAUCCUCGUCGUGGGAGGAGGCGCCACUGGUUGCGGAGUUGCCCUUGACGCCACCACACGCGGCCUUCGCGUUGGCCUUGUCGAGCGCGAGGACUUCUCCUCGGGCACCUCCUCCCGGUCAACUAAACUCAUUCAUGGAGGAGUUCGUUACUUGGAGAAAGCUAUUUUUAACUUGGAUUAUGGGCAAUUAAAGCUGGUUUUCCAUGCUCUCGAGGAGCGUAAACAAGUCAUUGAUAAUGCUCCACACCUCUGCCAUGCUCUGCCAUGCAUGACUCCAUGUUUUGAAUGGUUUGAGGCAAUAUACUACUGGAUUGGUUUGAAAAUGUAUGAUCUAGUUGCUGGGCGUCACUUGCUACACUUGUCUAGAUACUAUUCAGCACAAGAGUCGGUUGAACUCUUUCCUACUUUGGCCAGGAAUGGCAAAGACAAGACCUUGAAGGGCACUGUGGUUUAUUAUGAUGGACAAAUGAAUGAUUCACGCCUAAAUGUUGCACUAGCAUGUACAGCUGCUUUAGCUGGUGCAGCUGUACUUAACCAUGCAGAAGUGAUAUCCUUCCUUAGGGAUGAGGCCAAUGGUCGGAUAAUCGGUGCACACAUAAGAAACAACAUAUCAGGCAAGGAAUUUGAUACAUAUGCAAAAGUUGUGGUGAAUGCGGCUGGUCCAUUCUGUGAUUCUGUAAGGAAGCUGGCUGACAAAGAUGCAAAGAUGAUGAUCUCUCCUAGCAGUGGUGUACAUGUUGUGCUUCCUGACUAUUAUUCUCCAGAGGGAAUGGGCUUGAUUGUCCCCAAAACCAAGGAUGGUCGUGUUGUGUUCAUGCUUCCUUGGUUAGGGAGAACAGUUGCUGGCACCACUGAUUCAAACACUAAAAUUACGAUGCUACCAGAACCCCAUGAGGACGAGAUUGACUUCAUAUUGGAUGCUAUCUCUGACUAUCUUAAUGUCAAGGUUAGACGCACUGAUGUUCUCUCAGCUUGGAGUGGCAUUCGUCCAUUGGCUAUGGAUCCCAAAGCCAAAAACACGGAGAGCAUCUCCAGAGAUCAUGUCGUGUGUGAAGAUUUUCCUGGUCUGGUUACAAUUACUGGUGGAAAGUGGACUACAUAUAGAAGCAUGGCAGAGGAUGCUGUUGAUGCAGCUAUUAAGUCUGGAAAGUUGAGCCCGGCCAGCAAAUGCUCGACGUACAACCUACAGCUUAUAGGUGCUGAUGGAUGGGAUCCUGCAUCUUUCACUGUUCUAGCUCAGCAAUAUGUGCGCAUGAAGAAAUCAUAUGGUGGAAAGGUUGUUCCAGGUGUAAUGGACACUGUGGCAGCGAAACAUUUAUCGCAUGCCUAUGGUACUUUCGCCCAAAGAGUAGCUGCCAUUGCUCAGAAUGAAAAUCUGGGCAAGAGACUUGCCCAUGGAUAUCCUUUUCUAGAGGCUGAGGUUGCAUACUGUGCUCGGAAUGAGUACUGUGAAUCUGCAGUGGAUUUUAUUGCCCGAAGGUCUCGACUUGCCUUUCUUGACACUGAUGCAGCCGGGAGGGCGGUGCCUAGGAUCAUUCAGAUACUUGCUGCUGAGCACAACUGGGACAAGUCGAGGCAGAAGCAAGAAUUAAAUAAGGCUAAAGAAUUCUUGGAAACCUUCAAGUCAUCUAGAAAUGCUCAAUUUCAUGACGGGAAACACUAGUUGAUGAUGAUAUCAUUAAAAGGCAUAAUUUUGCCUACAACUGUGGAAGAAUUCCAUUACCGUUUCUUUUGGUCGGGAAAUUUCUUUUCUUUCGUAUAUCUUAAAAGAAUGCCUUUGAACAAUACUUUUAUGUAUUAUCCUGAGAGAGCAGCAAAAUUGCUAUUCAUGCAUAACCCUUCUCUCUCAUAUUUACCUGAAAAUAAUGUUUCUUUUCUACAUUAAAUUUCUGCCAUCCUUGUACAAGGUGUACAUCAAUGCCAGAUGUGGUGUCAAUAAACAUCAUUUGUAUAACA